AUGUUGGAGGUUUGGUCCGUGAUCUCCAAAUUGGAUCGAUUGUGGCGAAAGUUAUCGGUCAACACGCCUCCGAAGGUUCAUAGUUGGCAGCACCUUGGAGAUAACUUGGAGAGACUUCGUGGGAUGCUGUAUCAUCAGGAGUCGAAGAUUGAGGUGGCUCAUCAAGUUGGCAAAGCGACCGAUCUGCGUUUCCGAGCGCUUGGCGGCAAUAUCGAACGAAAGAUUGCUUGUUCUCUCCAAUAUCAAGCGAACCUUGCUGAUCCGCAGGUCAAAUCAGCUCAAGAGGAGGUCAGGGCUGCAAGAGCAAGGAAUUUUAGUGAAGAUUCCAAGCGGAAGAGACAGGACCAGGCAGAAAGCAAGAAAAAAGUCCGGACUCAAUGCCUCCACGAUAUUGUUGAAGCCGAAGAAUUGGAGGGAGAAUACUCCUCAAUGAUUGAACUGCUGAUGGCCGAUCAGCGUCAAGCUACUAGCAGUGGCACUACAGCGGCGGUAGGUGGUGAUUAA